GAGGAUACAGAAGGGCAAAACCACAGAGAUAAUGACAGCGACGGAGCGCGAUGCUUAGACAUACAUCGGCGCUCAUUUUUGACACGAUUGCAGCAUAGCGAAGUCUGGACAUCGGACAAAAUCGUACGGCCUUACGCGUCAUUUGUGUUGCAUCCUCGACAGUUGUGGUCCAGCGAGAAUCUAGCGGAUAACGGGAGUGAAGGACCGGACCGAGCCGUUGCUUUUUUUUUUUGAACACCGAAAUGUGCUGAUGACACACAAAAGUCGUUGUUACGUAAAACCGACUGUUGUGUGAUGGUAAACUCGGGAUUUCUGCAGGUGUAUAGAAUAACCAAUCCCAUUAUCGGCUUUUAAUUGUGUUUUGGAGAGGCUGUUUCGCUUCUCUCCAUCCUGUCGGAUAAGCUACGUUGUGAGCUUUGGUCAACAAGGCAAAAGCAAGACUCACAUGGAUAAAUUCAGAAGCAUUUAUGGAACAUAAACAUGCUUGCAUGACCCAAGAUGGUGCCACUGUGAUGAAAUGUCUCUGAGUGAACACUGAAAUCACAUUUUGAGAUAUAAACAGCAUCAGGAACUGUUUUUAGAUCACAUUACAGAAACCACACUCUAGACGGCUAGAAAAACACAUCAGCUGGAAUUUAAAGAAGAAGUGGGGCAAGGAAGGUACAGAUAUGGAUGGUAAUAUGGGUGAGAUGUCCGUGCACAGCCACAUAGAGCUGGCACACAGUCAGGACAGCCGAGCCAUGCUGCACUCUCGGGAUCUCACGGCUGCUUUCCCUCGUCCCUCUCUGGGAGGCCCCGCCAUGGGCCUGGAGUCUGACCACCAGAGCCCCGCGUAUGACCACAGCAUGGCAACUCUGGGGUACAGCAGGGACCCACCAACCAGCUGUGGAGGCACCUACACCACACUGACACCCCUCCAGCCCUUUGAUGACAAAUUCCACCAUCAUCAUCACCACCAUCCCUGCCUGCCUGUGAGCAACGUCAUCGGCAGCUUCACUCUCAUGCGAGAAGAUCGAGGCCUGGGAGGAAACUACUAUACCCCGUACGGAAAAGACUUUGGUUUGGGACAGGGUCUGUCUCCACAGUUGGGCAGUGCAGGCCUGGAGACCGCCAUGCAUGGCUAUGGCAGCCUGGGAAGUCAGAAUGGACACAGUAGCCAGAUGCUUCCAGGUGGCCAUGAGGUCCAUAUGGGCAGCAAUGGGGGUAACAUCUGUCGAACAGCACCAGACUUCGGGAGGGAGAUGUCACCGCCCUCUCUGGGGGGCGAGCAUGGGGUCAGCCACCAGUUAAACAAAAUGGAUGCCCAUCAGCACACUCCCACCUACCACCCCCAUAUAUACAACCAGAGUUAUCAGCACCACCUCCAGAGCCAACAGGCUUCCAGACUCGGGGAUCUCCCCUCUUCUUCCCCUUCCUCCUCCAGCUUGGGAAGGGAGGGCAUGCUGGCCAGCUCACAGAACGGUGGCGGAGGGGAAGAGAUCAACACCAAAGAUGUGGCUCAGAGAAUCAUCAAUGAACUGAAGAGGUACAGCAUCCCACAGGCCAUUUUCGCAGAGCGAGUUCUGUGCAGGUCUCAGGGCACUCUGUCAGACCUGCUUAGGAACCCCAAACCUUGGGGAAAACUCAAGUCUGGCCGCGAAACCUUCAAGAGGAUGUCCCGCUGGCUACAGGAGCCAGAGUUUCAGAGGAUGGCCUCGUUACGUCUGGAAGCUUGUAAGCGUAAGGAGCAGGAGCAAUCCAAGCUAGAACGCAACCAGGGGCCCAAGCGUACCCGGCUAGUCUUCACAGACCUGCAGCGUCGCACUCUUAUGGCCAUUUUCAGAGAGAACCACCGACCGACUAAAGACCUGCAGAUCACCAUUUCUCAGCAGCUUGGCCUUGAGCUUUCCACAGUAAGCAACUUCUUCAUGAACGCUCGCCGCAGAAACCUCAACCGCUGGACCGAAGAGGGCCGCCCAUCCUCCACUGGCUCAUCGGGGUCCAGCACUGCAUCUCCAGCUGUGACCUGCUCCACGGCGUGAAGGGAAAAUGAGCCGUUUUUUGCUCUGCACAGCACAGGUUUACCUGUAGCUCCUAGAGUUUGAGAUUUUUAAUCAAGGGUGUUUUUGUAUACAAAUCAACAGCAUAUGAAACCAAAGAUGAAGUCUGAUGUUCGCAAUGUCUAGAUGAGACAGGAUAUGAUUGUAGAUUUAGCGUUGAUUAUUUUAGCUUUAAUCGCAAAGGAUUGGCCCGACACAUCAGGGCUUAUGAAAUCACUCACUAAUCAACAUAUUGAGGGUUAUGAAAAGCUACUGAAUAGAUAUUGAAUCUAUUAAUUUUGUAAUUCAUUACAGCGUCUAAAAUCAGUGCAAAUGUUUCUGUUUUUUCUUUGUUGAUCAUGACCGUCAAAAUGAUAUUUUUAGAGUUCUCGAAAGAGAGAGAGAUGAUUUUGCAACAAAUGGAAAAUGAAUGACCAAAGAAACAAAGAAGGAUGCAAAUGAAUCUUUCAGAGAUUCUUUUAAAGGGGAAAAACUACUGGAUAAAGAAGCUGAAACCAAAAUAUGAACAUUUUUUAGGAGCUUGUUUUCUUUGUAUACACCUUCGUAACAAAAAGCCAGGCCUCAUAGUCCAAAAAAGGCAUCUGCUGUGUGACAACUACAGUCUCAGCACAGGACUGGAGUCGCAUCCUCUCAGACAAUAUGAGGAGGAACUCAGCUAUGACUCUUUUAGCAACAGACUUUUAACUUGUUGGUGAGUUUCUGCUGACAGAAUGGCUGUGAAGAGGAAUCCAGGACGCUCUUGCAUACUUUCCAUUUGAUUUCAAAUGAUUCCUUAGAUGUCACACUGAGGAUGGAGAAAUCCAUUUGUUUUUGUAAAAAUUUCAAGCACACAAUCUGGCCGAUGGCUGUUCGUACCGGAAAAAGCUCAAAAUCUCGAAGAACCUGAUGAAAAAUACUCACAAAAAGCUUGAAUUGAACAUGAACUGAGAACCACUUUGUGUAUUUAUAAUUAUUUAUGUAUUUAUUUCCAAUCUUCUAGCUAUUUAUUUUAUUUAUUUGCUAGUUACCGUCAGUAUUUAUUUCACCGAGUGUUGUUUGUGUGUGAAAAAUGGCCCCUAUCUCUGAUAGGAGUCCCAAUACCAAAGAUGAAUAUUUGUCCUCCCUGAAUGUCCGACGUUUCUCAUCUCCUGAACGCUGUGUUAGUAUUUCGAUAUCCAAGCUAGCGUACCCAUCCAUGUUCAUCGUUCACAUGUGCUGCAUGUCUAGACCCUUUAGGCCACAGCCUGACCAAACAAAUCGAGUCUCAGCGUGAUCGUAAAACAGCACACAAGUGGCUGUGAAGUCGAGAUGAUUCUAUAUUUAGGCUGUUGAACUGUGAUCUCCUCACUGCAGUCCACAUUUACUGUACGAUGAUUGUACGUGCUGUGCCGUGGUCUCUCGGGUUGGGCCGUCGAGGGAGAGAUCGUCCCUUUUUCAAUGCUCUUUCACAUUCCCCCGUGUUUAACCUUUGCAGGGCAUGUAGCGAGGCCCCUUCACAGCACACACUUGAAAGAGGGCCCAUGAAAAAGGCCAUCGACUUUUGCCGACUUCAAAGAGGCCCUUUUUAUCUGUGUCCUCUCAGCGGCUGGGGCCGGAGCUCUGCACUCGGUAGGGCCCAUGGGCUUAGGGCGUUCACGGGGAGGGGUGGCAGAUCAGAGGCUAGCAGCAUUACCGAAUCACGGUGAGGAAGGGGAGGGGUGGUGAAUGGGAGUUUGGGGAUGUGAAUUAAAGUUUAAUGAGCGACAAUUGUAAGCGUGCUGCGCAAGGGGCAAAGGUGUGUGUGUGCGUCUCAACUCUCCAGGUCACCCUGUUGCAGCACUGGUGGUUAGCCGGGCCUCUCUUUUUGUAGAGAUGUAAUGAUUUAGGUUAUAAUAAUUUGCAAACUUACGCGGUAGAUGGUUAGAGAUCACUCGACGACCUGUAGCGUCCCGAAGAUCAAGUUUAGCAGAUCAUGGCAGACGCGUCUAACGUAAUUUAGUAUUUGGCGCCUCCCAGUGGACAUUUUGUUCACACGCUUACUGAGAGGAGCAUAAAUCACGCCAUAUUCUCGUAGUGUUCAACAUCUUCAGAUACAUUUGAAAGAGUUACUACAAUGUGUAAAUCUUAGGUGAUAUUUCCAUUUCGCCGUCCCACUGAGGGGAACCCGUUUGGCCAUUUUUGUUCUAGCCUACCCGACAGCUCUAAUUUCAUCGACCUCAACUGUGUGUGAUGUGUCGUGUAGCUGAGAUGUAACUGUACCAAAGAUCCCAUCCAUUCAGGGAGCGUCUGUGCGUUACUAUAGCCAAAUGUGCUGGAAUCAAUCCGUGAACACAACUAAAUCACAGCUCUACCUGCAGGCAGAGAGAACCUUGUUUGUCUGAGUGUGUGUGUGUGUGUGUGUGUGAGAGAGAGAGAGAGAGAGAGAGCGAUUGAAGAACAUUUAUCAGUAUAAAGACCAAAUGGGAAUGACAAUCGGAGCAAGAGAGAGGGUCUUGCUGAUCUUAUGAUUGCUUAUCCCUCCAAAAAGAAAAAAAAAAAGCCAAAUAAGUGUUACCAUGUAAAAGUGAGGAUAGAGACCAAAAUAAAUGUUAAAUAUGUUUGUCUCUACAAAUAUCAUGCAAUUAUGUUUUAGCUGUGUCAUAUGAAUCGCCCGAAUAAAAAUAUGAUUUUAGCAAACUUGAUUGUUGGAUCAUAGGCUGACAGAAUUCAUUCUCUCAAGGCAUUUUUGGCAUCUGGAGUUCCACUUAUUAACGGUUCAGAUAAACAGACUGAAAAGGUAGCAAGUGUUUUCUUUUUUCUUUUACCUAUCACUCAUUUAAAAUCUCUUUCUGCUGGUGUGAACAUCUGUGUCAUUUUAUGCCAUUCUCUCCCUUGUGUUACCUUAUGAAUGUGGCUAAUCAACCAAAGGUGUAAAAAUCACAGCAAUCUAAAUGUCAAUCAUAACUGGACAUUGUGUGCUGAUCUUGAAAAAUCCUUUAAUACCUCAUGUGAAACUGUUCGUUGUGAUGUUGCACUGAAUAAAACCAAGUCAUUUGUAAACAUACUGAAUAGAGUGAAAGCAUUUUUUUCUUUUAAAGCUUUACAAGAGAGAAAAAU